CAGGAUUUCCGCUUUCGCUCCUUUCCGGCGGUGACGACCUCCCCACGAGAACAUGCCCCUCGCGAAGGAUCUCCUGCACCCGUCCCCGGAAGAGGAGAAGAGGAAGCACAAGAAGAAGCGCCUGGUGCAGAGCCCCAACUCCUACUUCAUGGACGUGAAGUGCCCAGGAUGCUACAAAAUCACCACCGUCUUCAGCCACGCACAAACGGUAGUUCUGUGUGUCGGCUGCUCCACUGUCCUCUGCCAGCCCACAGGAGGAAAAGCAAGGCUUACAGAAGGAUGCUCCUUCAGGCGGAAGCAGCACUAAAAGCACCCUGAAUCAAGAUGAGUGGGACACUAUCCCAAUAAACAGAUUUUGGAUACAUCCUGUUUAUUGUCUUUGUUUUACUGCUAGGAAGUUCCUACCUCAAGUACUCAGGGGCAACCAGAAGAGUGGACUGCUAGAGUCAUUUGGGGCAA